CUUUCUUAAUCUAUAACGACCUAGAAAACAUAUUACAACCAAAUCCAGAAACCUACUGCAUAAUAAUUUUAGAAAAAGAGAUAUUGCAAGAACGACCGAAACAGCACUUACAAUCACUAUUAGAAAAAAACUUCCAACAAAAGAAAAAGCAUACCAAUAAUACCUAUAUUACAUAUUGUUCCAAAGAAAUUAAUAAUCUCAGAAAAACAAAGAAUAUAUUUGCCAAAGCAGACGUAGUAGUACCAAUAAUACUCACGCCAACAAAUACAAUACCAACCUCAACUAUUGUAUCAAGCGCAAAUACAAACACGAAUACAAUACCAAACGCCAAAGAAAAACCAACACAAUCUGUACAAAUAAUUGUAGCAACACCAACAAGCGCAGAACAACAAUCUAAUAACAAUACCUUAGUAAUAAUAGCAGAAAUAUUAGGCACAAUAUUAGCAAUAUUAACUGUAAUAGUAACAAUACUUACAAUCUGUUAUAAAAAACAAAGGAAACGAAAAAGACAAUAUCGUGCACAAUUAGACUUACCACCUGAAGGAGCACAAAUAGCUCAAGGCUUACCAAACAAUCCGCUUACACAACCAAUUCAACCUUUAUCUGAAAGAAAUUUAGAAGAUCUUGCAAAACAAUUAAAAACUAAAGGAAAACAAAAAGCCCGACCAAAACGACCACCUGUACAAGGAACAGGAAUCAACGGCACAAACCCUGGAAAAAGAUAUAAUUAUCGUACUGCAACAGAAUACCAAUCAGACGGAAACGAAUCCGAAGUUACAUUUACAACCUGGACAUAA